UUUACAAUAGCUUAAAGGAACACUCAUUAAAUACAUGUACUUUAAAUAAAUACAUGUACAAAUACAUGUACGUUCCAAAUUAAAAUUUAUUAUUUUUAAACUCACCAGACAUUUUUGUGGGAUUGCGCGACGUAACGAAAAAAAGUCUAGAUGUCGUUCAUACUGUAGGUACUUAUCAUGGGGAACCGGAUAUUGACCACAUUCGGACCACUUUCCAAGCCAAAGUUAUGGAAGAAAGAGAUAUCAAGGAUGGAAAUCUGCUUUACGAAAAACUCACUUAUUUUAUGAAAUCCUGGCUUGGAUAUAGGUUUUGGAGUAGAGAAUCGAAUUUCUCGCUCCAUGAGCACAUCAGAUUUUUUGAAGACACAGAACACCUUUUAAUGUCUCAACCUGAACAAAAUGUGGUCACUGAAGAAGAUUUUCUAAAAGUUAUGGGAAAUCUUGCCACACGGCCAUUUCGUCAAGGAAUGUCACCCUGGGAAAUUUUAAUAGUUCGAAAUUUUGUCCCCUCCAAACCUAAAAUUCACAUUGGGGAAGAAACCAAAAUUAGCGAGGGGUCUAGAUUUAUCCUAAUUUGUCGUAUGCAUCACUCCAUUUGCGAUGGUUACUGUGUUUUCAAAAUGUUUGUGAAUAAUUUGGGAGGUGUUCCAGUCAUUAAAAUUUCACCAUCUUGGACCGAGACCUUUUGUUCAACUAUUAUGACCAGUUUGGGCACACUGGUUCUUUCCCCAUAUUAUCAGUUCAAGCAGACCUUCCUCGACGCAGACAGAAAUAUCUGGAAGCUUCCUCCAUCUCAAAUGACUGAAGAAUGGCUAACUGUGCGAUCCGAAAAAAUUCCGUUAACUGGCCUAAAAAAUAUCAGCAAGUCACGAAAUGUUUCACUGACGGCGUUAUUCAAUACGGGGUUGGGUGGUGGGAUUCGUGCAUUUCUAAAAGGGACGGGACAGGAGGACAAAAUUCCAGAAAUCAUGAGAUCCGUAAUACCAUUUCAGUGGAAGACACAUCCUUUGACCGGAUUAGUUAAUUGCUGGACCUUCGGAGUUUUAACAAUCCCACUGGGACCAUGUCUUCAACACAAUCUACAAACUGCUGAACAGUCAAUUAUGAGCUUAAGAAAAUCGCCCAAUACUUCCACGAAUUUUGCACUAGCUCCAAUAGUUACGAUAGCACCAAUUUGGCUGUGCAAGAUAUUGCUAAAAUUUAAUUUGACCGUAAUAUCGUCAAAUUUUCCCGGGCCGAAAGAUCCUCACCAGAGUUUUGAUAGGUAUUGGCUUGACGACAUUACUCUUUGGCUAGAACUGAAUCCAGGAUUUGGUAAGGCGAAUGUCAGCCACAUUUCUUACCGCCCUUGACAACCUACGUGUCGGCGUUACGGUGGACAAGAGGAUUAUUCCAACUCAGGAAAAGGCAGACUAUCUGGCAUUUUGUAUCAACGAAGAGUUUAAGAAUAUUUUGGAUAUGAAUCAUGUGAAUGAAAACAUGGAGCAAGAUGAUGCAAAGAUUGUAUAGCAUAAUUUAUCAGACAAAAAAUUCAUAUUAGAUACUUAUCUGGAUAAUAUUCAUAUGUAACUAUCUAUGCUUUAUACAUAUGUAGAAUGAAGAGUUUCAUAUUCAUAUGGAAACGCUUUCUAGGUGCGACAGUGUUUGUCUAGGAAAGAAACAUUAAACUCGAUGCAUGAGAUAUUAUUUAACUCUGUUUUGAAUUGUUUAUUAAAUAUGUAACAGGCAAAUCCAACUUUAUAUGUAUUAUGUAUGUACUACUCCAAAACUAAUUAUACGUACACAUUUCUUAACUUCUGUGUUUCUGAUCAAGUUAACUUGAAGUUUAAUCCAUAUUUAAUUCACAAUAAAUACUUCUUAUAUGAA